CGAGAAGAGCAUCAUCACGACAGGCGGGGAUGUCGAAGACGUAAUCCACCUCUAGCUAUUCGUCGUGAAACCUUGCAGACCUUCCCAUCCUUCCAGGUCAUGACACUGAGAGGACAAGUACGAAGUCAGCAGCCGCACAGUUGAGAGUUUCUUCCUGUCUAUCUGAUCCGUCUCGACUAGCCAACCUUCUUUUCAAGACUUGGUCGGCUUCUUUAUCUGAUCUAGCAGGCCCGCAGCACGGCUCAUCGUACAGGACAUUGACGACACCUCGAACCGAGAACACGAAACUUUGGAGGAAGAAGAGAAGCAGUAUGGCGACACGACGAGACGGCACAGCUGAGGAGGAGCCUCUGUUGGGAGAAAGAGGAGAUGCGAGCUUGCCGGAGGGCAAGCCACUAUACUACAACUUCGUGCUCGGUACGGCCGUUGUGGCACAGGCAGGAGCUUGGAUUGUACGCGUUGCCCGCAGUGUCAAAUACUGAGCGAGAACAGCUGACUGAUCCCAAACAGAUCGCAGCGAUAGUAUGGGGAGCCGUCUUCUCGAAUGACCUGAUCCUCUUCUCAGCACACCCACUCCUCAACUCCGCCGCCUUCCUCUUCCUCAUCCAAGGCAUCCUCGUCCUCCAACCGACCCACACCGCCCAACAAAAGAAACAAGGCACGUACACGCACGCCGCCCUCAACGAUGUCGGAAUCCUCGCAGCCAUCGCUGGCCUUGUCGUCAUUGAAUACAACAAGUUCGACCACAACGGCACACACUUCGAAUCUCCUCAUGCGAUUUUGGGACUCGUGACCUAUAUCUUGGUUACGUUGCAGGCUCUCGUGGGGUUCACGCAGUACUUCACUCCAGGACUGUAUGGAAGUGUGGAUAAAGCUAAGAGCCUUUACAAAUAUCACCGAGUGGGAGGAUACAUCACGACAGUAUUUAUGUUGGCCACCAUCUGCGCGGCGACGUACACGACCUUCAACGUCAACGUGCUUCAAAUUCAGCUUUGGGCGGUGGUUGUCGCGAGCAUCCUGGUGGUGUUGGGCAUUGCGAGCCGAAUUCGUUUGGCCAAGUUUGGGUGGUUGGCUGGAAAAUAGAGAUGGAGCGCGAUAUCGAGAAGCGGAGAUGGAGGUCAUGAAGAGAGUGACAAGUUUGUGCCGGUCUCUCACCUACCUGGCGCUUGACCAAGAGAAACCAUGUCUCGCACAGAUUGCAAGGUACGAAGCUCUUCGGAGCCGAAAAGAGUGGCACACCGGCUAUACUCAGGAGUUACUGAUGAGCGGUGAUGUAUUGACACGAUUCAUGCAGCAUUUGGAGUUGGAUCAGGCUUGAUUUCUUGCAUGCUGUUUGAUUGAGGAGCCAUGUAUUUGACAGAACUGAUACUCAAGAUCAUCUACCAUAUUGCGGUCAAGGUUUCUCGACA